AAUUACAACUUACAUCAACAAUUAAUUACAAUUAUUACAACAAUAUUUUUUUCCGAGUUUCGUAAAGCAAAUUAAAAAAAGAAUGCCGAUUUAUUCCUCGGAUUCCGACGACGCACGUCCUUCUUCUGCACCUCCGAAAAAAUUGUUCGGAAGAGAAAAGCCACUCCAUGCCAUUCUUGGAGGCGGAAAAGCUGCUGAGGUAGUGCUAUGGAGGAACAAGAACUUAUCGGCUGCAAUAUUAAUCGGAGCAACGGUGCUAUGGUCUUUAUUCGAAGUCGGAGAAUAUAACUUCGUCACGCUUUUGUGCCAUGUCUCGAUUAUUAUGAUGCUUGUUCUUUUCGUUUGGUCUAUGGGAGCCGGCUUCGUUGAUUGGAGUCCGCCCGAUCCUCGAGCAAUCACAAUCCCGGAAUCGAUAUUCCGAUGGCUUUUCGCCGAGAUGAACAGGAUAUUGUUGAAAUUCUAUCAUGUUUCAUCUGGCAAAGAUUUGAGAACAUUCCUCAUGGCAAUAACGUUCCUGUGGAUAUUGUCGGGGAUUGGAAACUACUUUAGCUCCAUAAACCUCUUAUAUAUUGGUUUUCUUGGAUUAAUGAGUGUACCGGCACUAUACGAAAGGUAUCAGAGUGACGUGGAUUAUCUAGCAAGAAAAGGAAACAAAGAUAUGAAGAAACUGUACAAGAAAAUUGACACCAACUUUCUUAACAAGAUUCCAAGAGGCCCUGUUAAGGAUAAGAAGAAAUACUAAUUAACCAUGCUUCAUUAACACUUAAUAAUUAAUAUUAAUAUUAUAUUGUUGU